GUGCAGGAGAAUGGUACCCUCGUGUCCCAGUUUCUUCUGGAAGGUCUGACAGACACAGAGGAGUUGAGGUACCUGCUCUUCGCUGUCUUUCUGCUGAUCUACAUAGUGACCCUGCUGGGAAACCUGGGCAUUGCAAGUCUCAUUAUAAUGGACUCUCGACUCCACACUCCCAUGUACUUCUUCUUAGGCAACCUCUCACUGCUCGACGCUGUCUACAUCUCCAACACCAUGCCUCAGGUUCUGGCACAUCUGCUGGCUCCAGUGCGGACCAUGCCCUAUCGUGCUUGUCUUACCCAGAUAUUUUUUCUCCACUUCCUGGCACCCUGGGAGUGUUUUCUGCUUACAGCUAUGGCCUAUGACCGAUAUGCAGCCAUCUGCCAGCCACUGCACUACCUAGUCCUUAUGGGCCGGCAGACCCGGAUAGGGCUUGCUUCAGCCUCCUGCCUGCUUGCCUUGACAAAUGCCCUUACUCACACUAUCCUUGCAGCUCUACUUAAGUUCUGUGGGCCUCGCCUCAUCACUCACUUCUUCUGUGACCUUCCUCCACUCCUCAAACUCUCUUGCUCUAGCACUCGGGCCAAUGAACUUGCCUUGUUCUUCUUCAGUUUUUUGGUAGCUCUUGCACCCUGUGCGCUGGUCGUGAUCUCCUAUAUGCGUGUUGUGGCUACCGUUCUCAAGAUUCGCUCAGCUGAGGGCCGCAGAAAAGCCUUUUCCACUUGUGGCGCUCACAUCACUAUGGUUUGUAUUUUCUACCUCACUUCAGUUCUCUGCUACAUCCUUCCCAGCUCUGCAUAUUCUGGCUUGCGAGCACGGGUGCUGUCUGUGUUGUAUGUGGUCCUCACUCCCAUGCUGAAUCCCAUCAUCUACAGCCUGAGAAACAAGGAAGUAAAGAGGGCUUGGUUCAAGGUAGUUGGGAAAGAAGGUGCCCCUUAG